UCCAUUUUGCAAACUACAUAUUAUUUUUAAGAUAAUUGUGCUGUAAAUAUUAUUGUUCGAAGUGUUUUCUUAACUUUUUGCGAAUUUUUGCUUGAAUUUAAGCGGUCCCAAUGGGUUCUUGUAGUAAAAAGUCUUCAGCGGAGUGGAUAAUAGACCAGCUUAACGUGGAGAAUGCGAAGCUAUUCGCAUUUGUAUUAGUUAUAGGCUUUAUCGGAUAUCAUGGAGCUUUGCACUUGAAAUACGGGUCAGACUCUUGUACAUGGCUGCUGACAUCAGGCCGGUAUAAAGGUGAUCAUGAAUGGCAACCCUAUGGCUGUAUGCUGCAUCGGUACUCAAAGACUGAUGCAAGACGAUGUCUAAGAUAUCUAGCAUUUUGGGGGAAAUACAACAGUUUUGCUUUUAUCGGCGAUUCGCGGCUCGAACAACUUUACGAGUAUUUUAUAGGCGUGGUCCGGACGCGGCUGGACAUGGACACCUCCUACUCGACAGUAGACCAUCGCAUGCCGAACUACACGUAUUUGGAUAACAAGCUGCGACUCUCCGUCACCUUCAUAUACAGUGACGAUGUAUCCAAGACCAUGGUGGAUCAGUUCCGAACGUGGCAAAAAGCAGAUCAACCUCCAUCCGUGAUCGUAGCAUCAACUGGUCUGCAACUCCUCAAAACUCGGAACACUACUGACUUAGUCCUUGAAGAAUACAAAAGGAACCUUACGCAUUUGGUGCAAGCUAUAGAUUCUCUUGCAGCGAGGAAUUCGCAAGUACUAUGGAAACUGAUCGAGUCGGUGGACGCUACUAAAUUGAAGAAUGAUAAUAAACGGAUUAAUAAUAAUGAUAUUGACUCUUAUAAUAGAGCUGCAAUAGAGAUCCUAACACACAGCGCAGCAAAGAUCUGGAAUUCGGCACGUUUAGUGGCAGAAGAUGGCGGUGGUGACGUCAUGCUGAGUUCGACAGCGCUGCGCCACGCCGCGCAACUGUUGCUCAACAUGUUCUGCAACGACCACAUGAACUUCAACGACGGCUCGUGUUGUGCGGAACCUGAACCUUAUACGCAACUGCAGAUAUUGACUUUCGCGCUAUUUUUAUUGUGCGGCGUGGUGUGGGCGGCGCGCGCGGCCGGCGCCUGCGUGUGGGCGGCGCGCGCGCGCCUGCGCGGCUACCGGCGCGCCCCCGCGCCCCCCGCGCCCGCGCCCCCGCGCCCCCGCGCCGCGCCCGCCGCGCCCCCGCGCCCCCGCUCCGCGCUGGCCGCGCUCGCGCGCCUCGGCCUCAUCAUGGCCUACUUCUACCUCUGCGACAGAACCAACUUCUUCAUGAAGGAGAAUAAGUACUACUCAGAGUGGAGCUUCUGGUUACCUGUUGGUUAUGUGUUCGCACUUGGAUUGUUCUUCACUGAUGAGUCAAGGUCUAAUACUGUACUCCACCGGGAGCAAACCGACGAAUGGAAAGGUUGGAUGCAGUUAGUGAUCCUGGUGUACCAGGUCACAGGGGCCAGCAAGAUCUUACCCAUCUACAUGCUUGUCCGAGCCUUAGUCUCCGCCUAUCUGUUCCUGACCGGCUACGGCCACUUCUACUACAUCUGGAAGAAAGGAGACACCAGCCUAGUCAGAUACUUCCGGGUCAUCUUCAGACUGAAUUUCCUGACUGUGGUGCUAUGUCUGACAAUGAAUAGGCCGUACCAGUUCUAUAGCUUUAUACCGCUCGUCUCGUUCUGGUAUACUUUGAUGUUCGCCAUCUUUGCGCUCCCCCCUCACAUCACCCCAUCAUCAAGCCACACGGUGGAGUCCAAGCCGUAUCAAUACCUGUACAUCGCCGUCAAGGUCAUUGGGCUGCUAGUCAUAGUCACUGUGCUGUACAUGAGUGAGGUGUUCUUCCAGAAGAUAUUCGUCACGAGACCUUGGAAGGCGCUGUUCGUAAACUCCGAUGAUGAUAUCCAUCAGUGGUGGCUGCAGUGGAAGCAGGAUCGGUACUCAAUGGCGUACGGUAUAAUCUUCGCCCUGGCCUACCUCCUAGCUCAACGCUACAACCUGCUGGACGACAACAACCACAGCAACCUGUUCACCCCCGGCAUAUCCCUGAGCGCGACCCUCCUCGCCUUCAUCGGAGUCGGCAGCUACGUAACAUUCACUUUCUUCUGUACCAACACGUUUGACUGCAACGAGAUACACUCAUACGUUGCCUUUUUACCGAUAGUGAGCUACAUCAUACUCAGAAACGUUUCAGGGGCCUUGAGAAUGAGACAUUCCAGUAUGUUCGCUUGGUUUGGUACAAUAACCUUGGAGUUGUUCGCCAGCCAGUCGCACAUAUGGUUGGCAGCGGAUACCCAUGGCGUCCUGGUACUCAUACCGAGCGCUCCGAUAUUAAACCUCAUUCUAACCUCGUAUAUUUUCGUUUGCACGGCCCACGAGAUACAUAAGCUAACGGAUAUUAUUUUGCCGUACGCUGUACCUGAUGAUUGGAAAUUAGUUUUGAGAAAUUUCGGCAUUUUUCUCGCGGUUUUAGUUCCAAUUGGCAUUCAUGAUGGAAUGUUUUAGUCUGCUUAGACUGGUUUUUAUAAUGUUCAUAUUACGUCAUCCGGUGAAUUGUUCAGUACGUGUGGAGGUUAUUCGAAGAUAUGAAAAGGCAACUUAGAAAUGAAAGGAAAACAAAAUUGAUCCUUAAAUAAAUAACUUAGUUACAGUUUGUGUGAAUAUAGUUUAGGCAGCUUAAAAAAUCUCAAUUUAUAAAAUAUGGCUCUAUUUAAAAUUUGAAGCUUACCAAAAAUUUAAUAAUCUCAUUUAAAUCUGCUGCGGGUGCAGAAAAAAUUUUUUUUUUGUAGAGUCUAACUUAUUUCUAUUAUUUUUCUUUAUGCUUUGCUAUAUUUCUUAGAUAAUAAAACCUAAUGUCAAGUUUGACUUGUGUUAAGUUUGACUUUACUAAGUUUUGUGAUUUUCCACUAUCUUAAAAACGUGUGCUUAAUUUGUACAAUUUGAAUAUAGAUGUAAGUAAUAUGUAUAUAAUAGCUUUUAUAUCUUGUAUUAAAGUCUAGUCUGUAAACAUAAUACGAUCGUGUGAAUAAAUAUUUUAAGAGUUAGUUAAAUAUCGGCUGGCCGCUUUAAAAGAAUAUCAUGUGAUAAAUAAAUUUAAAAAUAUCCUUAAUAUACAAAAUGAAGCUCUUUACAUUCGCUUCUAAUACAGAUAAUAUAUGAUCGACAAGCCUUACUAUGGCGGGGUCGGCUUGCAGUCUAACCAUCUAGUCUAGACUACCAGCUAAGUACCAGUGUUUUACAAGGAGCUAAUGCCCAUCUGACCCCUUCAACCCACUCAACCCAGUUAUCUGGGCGACACCUGGGCCCCUUAUAUUAUGACAGACAGACUACAAUUCAAACUUGUUAAUACACGCAUUACAGCCUAGAAAUUUUCUGCAUUUAAUCGUAUUUUUUAUGGAUUAAAUUAGGUAUUGCAAUAAUGGUUUUUACGAGGCAUUUUCUUAUUUCAAGUGUUUUUAAAUACUUCACACAUAUCUAGCAAGUGUGUAUAAUUAAUACAUAUGUAAGUAUGUAAAUAUUGUUAGAUAAAGGUAUCAAAAAUAAAACAUGUACAUUG